AUAUUGCAGCAAUGGAAUCUUCAGAAGAGAACAUGAGCUCUUUGGUGUGAUUUCAAAACUGCUUUUUGGCAACAAAUCCACAUGCAAUGCUAAUCGAGCUCCGGAGCUGCCUGCGCUGGAUGACACAGCAGAAAGUGAAAGAGCUGACGGGCAAGGACCUUCUCCACAUCUGCAGACUGCAACAUGGACUGCCAGACCCGCUGCCUCAUUGACUGCAAUAAGGGUCACUACUACACAGCUGGCAACUGCCUGGAGUGCCCCGUCGGAUUUUACUGUCCCGGAGGUCGAGCAGCUCCUCGAAAAUGCCCAGUGGGAACAGCCAAUCGGCUCACAGCUCAAGCGGAUAUCACAGCCUGCCAGGCUUGCCCAGACGGCUAUAUCAGCUCAGAGACCAGAGCGGGGUGUCGCUUGUGUCCAGACGGCUAUUUGUGUGAUCCACACAGUGGUUUGCAGAAGAGCUGCAAUCCUGGUCAGUACUCACCUGAGGGAGAGCUGGAGUGUUGGGAAUGUCCCCAAGGAUACAUCUGCCCUGAUGGACGAAACAGACAGCAUUGUUCAGCUGGCCAGGAGCCAAACCCCAGCCGCACACAUUGUGUAACCUGCACUCUCGGCUCUUUCUCCACCAAGGAAGCUCUGGGAUGCCAGCCCUGUCCAGCAGGGCAUUAUUGUCCUCACAUUGGUACCAUCCAGCCUCUCCCUUGCCCACCUGGUUCCUGCACUGAUGCCCCUGGACAGAGUGACUGCCAAAGGUGCAAUGAAAGCUCCUGCUGUUUGGAUACUGUGGGUCAGAUUCAACAGGACCGUGAACCCGUUGAAUCACCAGAAGGUCUGCAAUGCCAUGCAUGCCCAUCAGGUCACCUUUGCUCUGAUGGAUUUACAGCCCCUCCAUGCCUAGCAGGGAGCUUUGAGCCCCGAGAGCAGUUCUGCAAACCCAGCGAUGGCUCCUCAUGCUUGCCAGAUAUGAAAGCGCCACGCAAAGGAGGAUAAAUGUUAUGAUCCCCAUUUUGCAGAUGGGAGGAAACUGAGGCACAGAGCAAUGAACUUGCUCACCAUCACCCAGCAGGCCAAUGGCAGAUUCAGAAGGCGUAGCCGUCACUUCAGACAGGCACUGUUGUGUCUAACUUCAUGUCAGCCGGUGAACUAUAGGGUGAAUCAAGAGCUGACACUGCCUGCUGUGUGACUGCAAUGUUGUGCUUAACGUCAUGUUAGUUAACAAUCUCCUCAAGGCCAUGCUCUAACCCAACCUCAUUUUCAAUCCUUUAAUGAGAAGAACAGCAGGACAGUAAUGUACUUAAGCAGUAAGCUCUUUGGGCGGGGACCCUCUUUUUGUUCUGUGUUUGUACAGCAUCUAGAACAAUGAGGUCCUGGUUCAUGGCUAGGGCUCCUAGGCACAACUGCAGUACAAAUAAUUAUAAUUAAUAAGUCUUUUUUGCGUGGUUUUUGUGUAUGUAAAAGGAAAAUAUGGAAAAUCCCAAAUAACCAGCCUUUUGAAAUCAACUGCUACAAAAUUGUGGCUUAUUUUUUCCAUUUGCCUUCUGCAUUGUUGUUGUUUUGUUUUCCCUACAGUAGAACAUUGUGAAGUCAGGA